AUGUUCCUAGACCGUCUGCGUAACGCACGUCCCAAAAGCGCGUACGUUAUGGAAUCGUUCGACGUUACCGCUCUUUACACUAACGUGUCGAACGACUCCGCAAUGCAAGCCAUCCGUGAGCUUCUUGAGAAACACGAAGGAGCGAUUAACAUAUGGUCCGGGAAAUAUUACGCACAAAUUAGAGGGUUGGCAAUGGGACAGCGACUGGCACCAACCCUUGCCGUUGCCUUUAUGUCUAAAGUGGAAGCACCAGUAAUCGAUCUCACGCCAUUACUCUACUGUAGCCUUUGUAGCUCUAGCUACUCUCCUCCUGGUGAGCAAACUGCUCUCGUUUUAUGCGUACUCCACCCUAAAUAUCACUCUCUGCUAGAGCUUGUGUUCUAA